AUGCCACAAUCGAAAUCCAGUUUCGGAGAAGACACCAUAUCAUCAGUAGAACUAGUACCCCGGUGUUCUGUUAUUCUUGAGGGUACUCCUCCGGGUGCCGGGCAAUAUAUGUUUUUGGUAUUAUUCAAUGAAUUUAUUCUGAUUGAAUGUAAAUGGCAAGCUGAUUUACUAGAAACGACUCUUUUACCGAUAAACAUUGAGCAACCUGAAAUUCAGCAGUUAGUUGCAAGUCAACCAUUAAUAUGUUUGCUCCGAGCGUCUGGAGGUAAGGGACCUAAAGAUCCAGACCCUUUGCUACACGGAGAUAAUCGCGCCGGAGGAACGGUAGACUUAUUCCCUUUGGUACUUGGGGCAGACAAAGUAUGUGUAACCUUGCCUCUAGUAUCAAUAAAUACCGGCGAAGAUACAGGGUUAUCAGUUGAAGUAACGGUGAAUGUAGUGACUGAGGCAAGAUUAUAUAAAAGCACUCUUCUUAUGACAUUAGUUUCUGCACACUGCUUACCUCCAGCUAGGGAUGGAACUGUUUAUUUGGGAGCCGUUGCUCUCGAUGAAGUUCUUCAAACUGCAGCUGUAAAUUUUGGCAAGUCCUUAAGCUCUCGUUCUGCUACCAAAUCUGUGUGGGCAACAGUCAGCCAAGCUCGCUAUGCAGCUAAUACACAAUUCAAUGUGCCAUGUGAUGACGUAUUUGUACCGUCGGAUUUGGAAGUCCAAAACACUCCAGAGUGUAGAUCAGUGUACUGGAAUUCCAUGCAGCGAGUCCUAGUAGAUCCAUUACUAUUGCGAACUAGACUCUCAUCCCCUCUUUUUAUUGAAAUGGCUGGAAUACCAAAGGUUGGAAAACAAGAAUUGCGUGGUCGAUAUAUGGGAUUCAUCGAUGCAAACGUGUUGUUGGAAGCCGCACAAUUUGGAGUUACGACCAGCACACGGUUAUUGUUAUAUAACGAAAAUGGUUUACCAACAUGUGGGCCACUGUUGGAAUUGCCACCUACUAGCGCUAAGGCUACCAGUGCUCGAGACGCGGAUCCUGUUCUAAGAGAUGAAUACGGCCACUGCGCCUACAUUAUUCUCAGAUUCGAUUUAGUGGAACCACUCGUGCCAAAGACGAAACUGUCGUUUCUUUUCAACACCUUAGGAUUGUUACCUGGUGAAGGACCGCCAACUCCCGUUAAUAGUUUUCCUCCGGAAGCGCCUUCAGAAGAUCCGUCGUUAGAUGCUCGACAAAUAAGGAAAGAUUGUGGAGCAUUAGCGGUUCACACAGAGUUAGGUGUCUUGGCGACUCGAGGCACUGUGCGUAUGGGUCAAAGCAUUAAGCGCACAGCGGCGAGCCGACUGAUGAUGCGUGUGCGUAUGAUGAUAAGGCAGUUUCCACCAGGUGAUUGUACGACUCUCGAAUGGCAAGAUACAGUAACAAGCCAGCACGCCGCGGCCAGGCGCGCUGUAACAGCUUCGUUCCAGCCGCGACCCCCUAAACCUCGAGCCCCCACGCCUUUUUCUGCAUCAAGAUGUCGAUUAGCUGGAGACACGAGAUUAGCUAAUUAUUACGUUGAAACCUUUGCAGCAGAUACAAAUCCGAGAUCACUUUUGUCUAAAGCUCUAUUAUGCCUUGAAGCAAGAAACGAUGCAGAGGCUAGAAAUUACUAUUUACGAGCGCUAACUAUUCAGGUCAAAAACAAAUAUUUAUUGUGGUUAUUUGGUGCACAAGAAUUCGACAAAGGCCCAGAGGGAAAUGAAACUGCUAGUGCUGCUUUACGAAUAGCUGUAAAGGGUGACAACUCAGACGGAAUUUCUAAUUCAAUAUCUUGGGCAGCUGUCCACACACAGUAUCAUUAUAUCGGCGAUCAAUAUGCAGCAUUCGUAGCUGCAAAGAAUAUGAGAAAAGCGUUUAUGCUACCCCGGGAAUGGAAAAAGUUUUACGAGCGUUGGGCGCAAACAACUGGAGAAGAGCAAGUAUUUUGGAUUCCAACUGUAGUAGCAGUCACAGACCCAUUUUUAAUUUCAGCGGCAUUCUUCCUCUGUUUAAAAUGCUAUCAUUUUACUGAGAGAUUGCUGCAAUGCGUGGAGAACGGAUGCUUUAACAGAGGAUCGCAUUAUAAUUAUAACAGUAAAGUUAGCGUCGAUGUGUAUUAUAUUCGUGCCGCCUCUCUUCUCCUAAGACGAAGAUAUGAACCGGCGUUAGAUAUGACACAGAAAGCUAUCAGUAGAUUUGGUCCAAGUGCUAUUCUCUUACAGAUGCAGACCAGUUGCUUAGCGUGUAUUAACGGUUGGGAUGGGGACUGCGAGGUGUCAUUUCUGAAAGCGGAUCAUGCAGGAGCAGAGCAAUGUCCAGUUUUACUUUUGCGAGCGGCUCGGGGAACUUUUCACACUAACCCUAGCGCAGCAUUGCAGAGAGCAGCUCGUUGUCAUAAGAUAGCUGCAGGAGGCCAUUCAGCUCUCCUUAUUGGGCGUAUAUACGAUCAAAUUGGAGAUCGAUACAGGGCUGAACGUUGGGGCACUACCGCUGUCGAUUUGGAGCCAAUGCUUGCAGAUGGCUGGGCUUUUUUGGCUAUUCUGGCGAUGAAAGAACGACUCACUGAUAAGGCGAGGGCUAUGAUCCGUACGGCAAAUCAAGUAGGGCCUAUCAGUCCCGAUAUUAAGGAAGAAAUUGACGAUUUGAUUGGGAAACUCCGUAUGCAAACCAUGCCCGACGCUUUAGUGAAAGAUUUGUGUUUUUGCGAUUUAGGUAUAUGAAUGAUUGCAUUUUACGAUAUACUUAUGAUUAAUGUUAUUAUCUUGUUUACUGUAUUAGUUGGUU